GUGCACGUGAACUGUGCAGGUCGUCGAUCGAAUAUCCUCGGUAGUUCCAUUUGAAGGAUGCCCCCGCGAAGGCCCAGGGCCUCCGCCCCCGCUGCCCUGUCUGGGCCUUCAUCGACAACGAAAAAUGGACUUCGACCGGCUCCCAGCAGGCCUGCGUCAGCACCUUUGAAACCGAAAGUGGAAAAGAUUGUUGACGUGGAAGGUCUUCAAGAAUGGGAAGAGAUAACGAGGAGGAAAUGGAGAGGAUUAGGCCUUACAGAUCCUAUAAAGAGAGUUGAGGACAAAUGGCUUCUACUUCCUGCCUUUCUCAAGGCCAAAGGGCUUGUGAAGCAGCAUAUUGACUCAUUCAACUAUUUCGUCGAUGUGGAUAUCAAGAACAUCCUUCGAGCCAAUGACAAAAUCACUGUGGAGGAGGAUCCGAAGUUCUUCCUAAAAUACCUUGAUGUUCGGGUUGGUCACCCUGAACGAACGGAACACUCUGAUGGAGGUGUCUACGAGACGCCAAUUACUCCUCAUGAAUGCCGGUUGCGCGACACAAGUUACACUGCUCCAAUCAUCGCUACCGUCCGAUAUACUCGAGGGAACGAAAUUGUUACAAGGGACGACAUUAUGCUAGGGAGGCUGCCCAUAAUGCUCCGAAGCAACAAAUGCGUUCUUUAUGGUCGAACAGAGGCUGAGUUGGCUCGGAUGACGGAAUGCCCUCUUGAUCCUGGAGGAUAUUUCAUUGUGAAAGGGACAGAAAAGGUGAUUCUUGUCCAGGAGCAGCUAAGCAAAAAUCGUAUCAUAGUUGAAUCCGAUACUGUGAAAGGGACGAUCCAGGCCUCGGUGACAUCGAGCUCGGCGGAGCGCAAAUCAAAGACUUACGUCGUCACCAAACAUGGCCGCCUGUACCUUCGUCACAACUCCUUCACAGAGGAGAUCCCCAUAUGUGUAGCCCUCAAAGCACUAUCUAUUCAAUCUGACAAAGAGAUCUUGCUCUUGUGUGCCGGCAAUUCAGAGACAUACAAAAACGCUUUCUCCGUGAACAUCGAGGAGUCGGCCCAGCUUCAAGUAUUCACGCGCCAGCAAGCAUUGAAUUAUCUUGGAUCGAGAGUUCGCACAAAGCAGUCAUUCAUUGGUGCGAAGGCGCAGCAGAAGAGACCCCUUUGGGAAGAUGCCAUGGAGGCCCUGGCCACUAUUGUCCUCGCCCAUGUCGCUGUGAAGGAUAUGGACUUGCGCCCCAAAGGCAUAUAUCUUGGCAUCAUGGCAAGGCGUGUGCUUAUGGCCAUGAAAGAUGAAAAGAUGGUCGAUGAUAGAGAUUAUGUUGGGAACAAGCGAUUAGAACUUGCUGGACAACUCUUGUCUCUCCUAUUCGAGGACCUAUUUAAGACGUACAAUCAAAAUCUCCGCAGCACGAUCAAGAAGAUUCUCGAGAAGCCGUCUCGGACAAGCGUCUUUGACGUUGGGAUGGCAAUGAAGCAUCAAGGUGAAUCGAUCGGGACCGGCUUCAUUCGCGCAAUCUCGACAGGUAACUGGAAUAUCAAGCGUUUUCGCAUGGAGCGAGCCGGAAUCACGCACGUCCUCAGUCGGCUGAGUUUCAUAUCUGCUCUCGGGAUGAUGACGCGUAUCACUAGUCAGUUCGAGAAGACACGAAAAGUCAGCGGACCUCGCGCACUGCAGCCUAGUCAGUGGGGUAUGCUGUGCCCCAGUGAUACACCUGAAGGAGAAGCUUGCGGACUGGUCAAGAAUCUGGCAUUGAUGACGCACAUCACGACAGAUGUCGAAGAAGGACCAAUCAUCGAGCUUGUUUUUGCUCUUGGCGUUGAAGAUAUAUCACUGUCGACGGGGGCGGAGAUUUAUUCUCCGCAAACGUAUAUUGUCAAUGUCAAUGGUAAUGUUGUUGGGCUAACCCGGACUCCAGCUCGACUCGUCUCCAACUUCCGGAAGUUGAGACGUGCUGGUCGUUUCAGUGAGUUCGUCAGUGUUUACACCAACCACCAUCAUCGUACAGUCCACGUGGCAAGUGAUGGCGGACGCAUCUGUCGGCCAACGAUUAUUGUGGAAAAUCAGCGCCCCAAGAUCACUGAUGAUCAUAUCCGGCUGCUGAAGAAGGGCACUGUCACUUUCGAGGAUUUCCUCAAGAAGGGACUGGUAGAGUAUCUCGACGUCAACGAGGAGAACGAUACUCAUAUUGCCCUCGACGAACAAUCAAUAACGGUCUCAACGACUCACCUGGAGAUUGAACCAUUCACGAUACUAGGCGCUGUUGCUGGCCUCAUCCCUUAUCCUCACCACAACCAAUCUCCCCGAAACACGUAUCAAUGUGCCAUGGGUAAACAGGCCAUCGGAGCCAUCGGCUACAACCAGCUUAACCGUAUCGAUACCUUGCUCUAUCUGUCAGUCUACCCGCAACAGCCUAUGGUUAAAACGAAGACAAUAGAACUUGUCGGAUACGACAAACUGCCAGCCGGGCAAAAUGCCACCGUUGCGGUGAUGAGCUACUCAGGAUAUGAUAUUGAAGAUGCACUCAUCUUGAAUAAGGCUAGCUUAGACCGUGGUUAUGGAAGAUGCCAAGUGAUGAGAAAACAUCAAACACUUAUCCAGAGUUAUUCAAACGGGACAUAUGAUCGAAUUGUAGCUGGACCAUCGGAGGAAGAGGUUACUGGCUAUAAUCGGUAUCACCCGAUAGAGGGUGAUGGCCUCUGUGCGCCAGGUCAAGUACUCAGGCAUGGCGAUAUUCUUGUGAACAAGCAAUCGCCACAAAAUUCUGCUGAUAGUUCAUUUUCUGGGCCUCCAUCCGCUGUACAAUACCGAAAUGCUCCUAUCACGUACAAAUAUCCGGCGGAGGGUGUGGUUGAUAAAGUUCUGCUCAGCCACAACGAACGGGAGGAUCUUCUCGUCAAGGUCCUGAUUCGUCAAACCAGGCGUCCUGAGCUAGGAGACAAGUUCUCGUCAAGACAUGGGCAGAAAGGUGUAUGUGGUCUCAUCGUCAAUCAAGAGGACAUGCCCUUCAAUGACCAGGGGAUUUGUCCCGACACUAUCAUGAAUCCCCACGGUUUUCCUUCCCGCAUGACGGUUGGAAAGAUGAUCGAACUCCUGGCUGGAAAAGCUGGUGUAAUGGCUGGGAAACUACAAUAUGGGACAGCUUUCGGGGGCUCAAAGGUUGAAGAUAUGUCUCGCAUUCUCAUUGAACACGGGUUCAGCUACAGUGGGAAAGACUGCCUCACAAGCGGAAUAACUGGAGAACCAAUGGAAGCUUACGUGUACUUUGGUCCAAUAUUUUAUCAGAAGCUGAAGCACAUGGUAAUGGAUAAAAUGCAUGCUCGUUCUAGGGGUCCGCGCGCUACAUUAACUCGCCAACCUACUGAAGGGCGGUCCCGAGAUGGGGGACUGCGACUUGGUGAAAUGGAGCGUGACUGUCUUAUUGGAUAUGGAGCAACCCAGCUUCUCCUUGAGAGGCUGAUGAUCUCAUCCGAUGCCUUCGAGAUUCAUUGUUGUCAAACGUGUGGUAUGAUGGGAUAUGCGGGGUGGUGCCCAAAAUGCAAGAGUUCCAAGAAGGUCACCAAAUUGACAAUCCCAUAUGCAGCGAAACUUCUUUUUCAGGAGUUAAUGGCCAUGAAUGUGGUACCAAAGCUGAUCCUUGAGGAUCAUUGAUUCCGCGCCUAGCUUGGAUCGGCCAUGACAAUGAUUCUGCGUUCAUUCCGCAGUUAUUAU